AUGUCCGAUUCUUUAUUGACUUUUCCCCCUUCCCCCUCCCUCUCCCUUCCCCCCUCCCUCUCCCUCCCCCACUCCCUCUCCCUCCCCCACUCCCUCUCCCUCCCCCACUCCCUCUCCCUCUCCCACUCCCUCUCCCUCCCCCACUCCCUCUCCCUCUCCCACUCCCUCUCCCUCCCCCACUCCCUCCUCCCCUCCCUCCCCCACUCCCUCUCCCUCCCCCACUCCCUCUCCCUCCCCCACUCCCUCUCCCUCCCCCACUCCCUCUCCCUCCCCCACUCCCUCUCCCUCCCCACUCCCUCUCCCUCCCCCACUCCCUCUCCCUCUCCCACUCCCUCUUCGCAGCUCAAUAAUAUGCUCUGCCCUGGCCUCUCUUCCUUUCCCUUUCCCUCGCCCUCUCCCUCCUGCACUCCCACCGUGGUGACCGUG